UAGUUUGGUUGUUUUAUUGGAAGAGGGGUUAAAAGGGUAGUUAUAAGAAAUACAUUACUCAAUAUAACACAACACACCUCAGUGAAGUGCACCACGAGCCAGCCUGGACAGAACUGUCACGGGCCAACCAAACGCCUUAAACCUUCGUGCAAAUUAAGGAUCCAAAAAGAAACCAAUCCAAACAGACAAAAAACAUGACAAAAAGGGGGCAUCUGACCCAGCGAAUCCGUGCCGCUCCACCUGGAACACUGCUGCUCAAGAAAACCCAGCGCCGGCGCUGCAGCACCCUCGACGGGAACGCUCCUGCUCGGCCCGCAGCCCCUCAUGCUUUAGGCCUUUUUUUUUUUUUUAAAUAAUAAAUGCUGAAAUCAGUGUAGUCCCGGGAGCGUGUCCCGUUUCUGACAGCACGGCACGGCUCGGCACGGCAAGCUGUCCCUGAGGGGAUGGCCCCGCCCCGCGGCUGGCCCUGCCGCCCGCCCGUUCAGCCAAUAACAGCGCCCAGACCGGCGCUCGGCUCUCCCCAUUGGUCGCUUUGAAGAAGGCGGUGGCCAAUAGCGGCGGCGCGGCGGUUGUGGGGAGCGCCGGUGCUCGGCCGGCGGCGGCGCCCGGGAUGGAGCGAGCGGGAGCGGCGGCACAACGCAGGAGCCAGCUGCAGAACUGCCAGGCAGCCAAGGAAAGGCUGAAAUGCACAAGUGCCAAACCCUUUUUAAAGGACUGGACUAAUCACCUGAACACACCCCUAGAACCAGUUUCUAAACUCAAGAGUGUUAACAGCAACAAGAAGGAUGUUCUUGGGACUGUGAUGGAGGGUGCUCAAGAGGAUGGCAAGCUUGGAGCCAAAUCCAUGCAGGACACUGGCCACACUGCUCUGAAGAAGGCUUCAAACACAUGCCAGAGAGCAGGAGGAGUGCAGCCAGGGAACGAUGUGACGUUUCCUGCUUCUGCACAGGCUAGAGGCAGGCUCCCACCUUCAAGCUCUGGUCACCUAAAUCCAGAAAGGAGCCAGAAGCCUGCACAGGAGACUGUCACUGCAGCAGCACCACAGGUGGGAAAUGACCACUCUCUGCACUCCCUGAAUGUGGGGCUGCAGGACAGGCUGGUCUGCAAUAAGGAAAACCUUGGCCCACAAGCUUCCACAUCCUCAGAGCUGAUCAGAACUAUCCACUCCAAUAAAAACAGUGUCAGGAAGGAGGUGAGAGUGUCGGCCCACAGGCAGGAAAGAUCUGGAACAUCAAGGUCUGCUCUGGGUCAAAAAGGAAGUAUGGGCAACCACCAGGCUAAGGAAGAGACAGAUCUGGACAAAUUCAGGAAAACCCUGCCUGAAUCAAGAAGGUCUCAAAAUACAAGUAACACAGCUCAACCACUGCAGCCCUCUCGGCUCCUUCCUGCUUCUACUGGUAUGACACAUAAAAACCCAGGGACAAAGCAAGGAGAAGUCACUACUGUGAGGCAGCCUGGCACAGCUCCAGGGGGGAGCCUCAAGCACAGCCAGUCUCCCCCAGUGAGAUUUUCCACCUUGGGCAAGUCCCAGGGCACCACAAACCUGAAAUCCAACCUGAACUCCAGAGUCACUUUGCCAUGGCCAAGGCCCAUGGUUAAAGAGAAAAUGGAGAGGAAGGACAUGAAGGUGGUGGCUCCUGGACACACGGCAGCAUCCCGAGGGACAGGUCACCAACACCAGUCUCACAGCAUACACAACUCCAAAACUCGUGUCCCUGAGGAUGAUUUGAGAAGCAGGAGGGAUCAGCCUGAAGCAGAGCUGCUGAAGGCAGGUGGCAUGCAGGCUGGGCGUGUUCCAAGGACCCCAUCAGCUGCAGAUCGUAGGAAGCAGCUGGAGGAGUGGUUGGCAGCCAAAGGCAAGACAUACAAGCGGCCGCCGAUGAUGCUGCUCCAGAAACAGGCAGUGAAACCAUCCUGCAGAAAGGUCAAGGCAACAGAGGAGCAAGAGAAUCCAGAGCAGCGCUACCAAGCAAAGAUCAACAACAUAUUUACUGAGUGCCUGAAGCUCAUUGAGGAGGGUGUCCAUGCAGAGGAGAUCUCAGCAGUGCUGUCCCUUGUGCCCCAGGCAGAGAAAUUUGCCAAAUUCUGGAUCUGCCAAGCCAAGCUGCUGGCCCGGAGUGGCCCCUUUGAUGUGUUGCAGCUGUACAGAGAAGCAGUCAGUGCUGGGGCUGAGCCAGUUGAAGAGCUCAGACAAACUGCUCUCAAGAUUUUGAAGGAUGCAGGCCAACAACUGGAAGGAGAAAAGGCAGAGGAACCCAUUCCUUGGGAGCCUACCACACCUUGUCCAGCUGAGAGGCAACCCAUGGCAUCAACUCCAGGCCUGGUGGGGAGGCCCAUGACCUCCCUCCCACCCUCAGUCAAGCUACAGGUUACAUCUGCAUCCAGAGGAAAGGAGUUCCUGGAAGGCCCAGAACUGAAGUUUGUAACUCCGGUGCGGCGCUCCCUGCGGACCGAGAGGGCUCAGAGUCGCUACCCCGAGAUGCUGAAGGACCACGACCCUGUGGUGUCAUCCCUCAGUGAAAUCCUGGAUGCUGAGGAGGACACUCGCUUCUUCUUCCGGAAAAACAAGGCUUUGCCAGAAGUGGCAGAGCUGGAGGGCUUGAGUUCAUAUUCCCCCACGAGCUGCUGAGGGUUCCCAGCAGGAGCAGACUGCCUGCCCACCCUGCUGCCUUGUACACACACUCCUGAGUGCUUGAGGCUUCCUACUGGAGCUGGUUGCCUCACAGUAAUUUCUCCUUGCUUUGUCCCUGGGGUUUCAUGUAUCAAACUCUUGCUGCCCCUCAGAUGUAGAGGGGAGGGCUUGGCACAGAAUAAGCACGGAUCAAAUAAAUAUCUCAGUCUGGUUUUAAAUAUCUCAAUCUGGUUUUAAAUGUCUCAAUCUGGUUCUAAAUAUUAAACUUUGCACUGGAGAUGGGUGUGGGCUAGUGAGUGGUGUGGAGACAGCAGCUGUGUCUCCUGGGAUUGUGGCCCCCAGCCCCUCUGCCAUCACACACACUCUGGGAGCCCAGCUGCUGCAGUGGGGCUGCCAGGGAUGCUGCAGCAGUGGCACUGCUGUUCACCCUGCUGCUGCAUGCCCCCACGCUGGCGCUGAGCUGGUGGCAGAGGGAUGAGCUAAAGGGGCACCAGGCAGAUGUGAAUUCAAGGGGCAGGAGCUAGCAGCCUUGGGAGGAGCCUCUCCUGGCUCUGGGCAGAGUCAGGAGAAGGUCCCAGCUGCCCAGGGACAGGUGUGACCAUGAGUCAGGGCCACCAGCCAUCCUGUGGCCACCACAGGUGGUAGCUGGCCAUGAGUGCAAGUGGUCCAGGGCCACUGAAUCCUCCCGUGGGCAGCAUGGCAGCACUUGGGGUGUGCUCAG